CAACUGUAUCCGCUCCUUUGGUACCUCACGAAAUAGUCAAACGUCCGAGCCUAUUUUAUACAGCUCUUCUAUUCAUACGCUCACCAUCGAAUAAUUAUAUCUCACAGCUAGCGCCAGAAAACCGGAUUUACCGAUAAGCAUCUUGUGCAACGUCGACAUGUCUCAAUCAAGCAGUUCAGCAGCUCAAAAGCCGAAAGUGGCCGCGAUUGCCGCGCAGCAGAGUGACAAUAUUGCGCAUGCUUUGGCCGGUGCAGGAGGUGGAAUCUUGUCUAUGAUCUUAACCUACCCCUUAAUAACCCUUUCCACUCGAGCGCAGGUUGAGUCCAAGCGCGCGCAAUCCUCUAGCAUCGACGCAGUGCGCCACAUCAUCAAGCGUGAGGGUAUUAAAGGCUUAUACGCCGGACUCGAAUCCGCCCUUUUCGGUAUCAGUGUCACCAAUUUUGUGUAUUAUUACUGGUACGAAUGGACCCGCGCAGCUUUUGAGAGAGCGGCGAAGAAGGCGGGACGGGCAUCGAAGAAACUUACUACUGCGGAAUCGAUGAUUGCUGGUGCUAUCGCAGGCAGCGCAACCGUGCUGAUCACCAACCCCAUCUGGGUUGUGAAUACCCGGAUGACUGCUCGCAACUCCGAGGCCGAGGAGGCUCUCCCCGGAGCACCCGCGAAGAAGCCUAAGACGACGCUGAGCACCUUGAUGGACCUCCUCAGGGAGGAGGGACCCAAGGCUCUUUUCUCUGGCGUUUUGCCGGCUCUCAUCCUCGUCAUCAACCCUAUCCUGCAAUACACAUUCUUCGAACAGUUGAAAAACACGGUGGAGAGGAGGAGAAAGGUUACUGCCACAGAUGCGUUCUAUCUCGGUGCACUGGGAAAGCUGCUUGCUACCACUAUUACUUAUCCGUACAUCACGGUGAAGAGCAGAAUGCAUGUUGCUAGUAAGGAUGGUCCAAAGGAGAGCUUGAAUGGAAGUCUGAAGAGAAUUAUCAAGGAAGAGGGGUGGGGUGGCCUGUACAAGGGUAUUGGCCCGAAGGUCAGCCAGAGUGUUCUCACUGCUGCCUUCCUCUUUGCAUUCAAGGAUGUCCUUUACGACACCAUGGUUGCUGCUCGGAGGCGAGCAAUUCGCAAGUAACCAGUACAGAUGGACUAUUGUGUAUACUUAACCCUGUAACUCGACCAGGGCUAUCGGUCACAGCUGACAAAGUCAAAAGCUCACACAAGGAGUUUACCGUCCAUAUUUGGAAAAAUAUCCCAGAAUGUACAGUUGUUCGAAGAUGUGGCUUGUUUAAUUGGGCAAUUGCGGUGGUCAUUUUUAAGGACUUCUUUUUAAUUAUCACAACUUCACAAGGAGUUCAUGCAGAGAGAGGAGAGGGCAG